AUGAAGUUUACCUCUCUAUCCUUCAUCGCAUUCGCAUUCUUGGUUGCAUGCACCGAAGCCUCUCCUGUCACCUUCCGUGUGAUUGCUCCUGGAGCCACAGGGAACGCACAGGUCUCCAUCGAUGGAAAAGUAACAGAUCUGACGGCAUCUGAUGCUGAUGUACCUUAUUUUACCGGCUCAGUUGAAGCAGGAACUUCUGGAAAAUACAAAUAUGUUGUUAAUGGUCAGGCCGAAAGCUUUGAUCGUACUCUGGAGACAGGUCGCAACGCCACUCGAAACGAUUUUUUUAGCCGACCAGUCACCUACGCUAAUAUCCCCAAACUUCCCUGGCCCAUUACCGAAAACCCUCAAUGGACUCGCGGUGGUAGUAACCAAGAGAUGUGGGAUGACAACUACAUUCCCUCUAUUUUCAUGACCGGUGAUGCUGCAGAAUUAUCUGACCUUGUUGCAAAUGUUCCUGCCACAAUGUCUACAGUCAAAUUCACCUUCAUCGGUCCCGAGACUGUCAGAGUCUACAAUGGGUGUAGCUUUGGUAUUCACGGCGCUGGAAAAAAGAAGAACAACGCCAAGCAGAGUUGGAAGUGGAGUCUGCCAGCUGGCCAGACAAUUGACAACCGCAACUAUAUCAAGAUCAGACACAUGGAAGAAGAUCCUACUCAAUUGCGCGAGAAGCUCUAUGCUGAUAUUCUCCGUGCCAUGGGCACCUAUGCCAACCAGGCCAACAUGGUCCGUCUGUUCAUCAACGGUGAAGGUUACGGAACUUUCAACAUGCUCGACGAUGUAGCCGAUUAUUCCUAUAUUGAUGCCAUGUUCUACAACGGAAAUCCCCCUGCUACAAAGGGUCCUCUAUUUGACGGUGCCUCAGGUGCCUCAUUCGCCUACUCUGCAGAAGACGAUUUCUACAGUGCAUUCAAGCCUAAUGUUGAUAGUCCUCAGGACUACACUGCGAUCAAACCAUUGGCACUCGAAUUCAGCCAGACCGAUGUCACAUCCGAUGCCGCAAUUGAAGCAUUCUCAAAGAAGUUUGACGUCGAUCAAUUCCUUCGCUUUAUGGUUAUGGAGUAUCUUACCGGCCACUGGGACGGCUACUGGCAAGAACAGACCAACGACGGUGCCUACCAGGACCCCACAGACAGCAAGUGGUAUUACCUCGGACAGGACUAUGACGCUACCUUUGGUGUCAAUCUCGGUGCAGCUGAGGGCAAAGAGUUCACAAAGGUUUCAUACACCACUUACCCUACUCGCUACCCCGGUGCUGUUAUGAUCAACCGCCUGUUGGAGAACCCUUCCAUCAAGACCAAGUUUGAGACCUAUAUCAAGAACACCGUGUCGGUUUUGUUCAACAAUGUCACUCUGACCAACCGUGUGCUUGCCUACCACGAGUUCGUCCUGCCCGAUCUUCUAUGGGAUCGCAGUAUUGUCCAGAAGUCUCCUGGAAUCAACUUUGGCUGGACUGCUGACCAAGUCUCCCAGAACCUUUAUGAAGCCGUCAGUGGUUCUGGUGGUGAAGGCGGAGGUGCUGCCUGGGGUUUGAUUGAGUGGAUUGUGUCGAUGAGUCAGGCUGUUGCAACCGAAUUCAAGGUCGAUAUCACCACCGUUCCUGUCGGUCCUCCCGGCGGAUCAGCAGCUACUACUCCCUCUACAUCUGCUAGCGUAGCCGCCUCUGUUUCCAAGAGUGCUUCUCCCGUCUCUGCCACUGGGGCCACCAAGAGCACUGGCUCGAGUUCCAGCAGCAAGGAUACCGACGGUGAUAUUUCUGCUGCUUCCAAAGAUGGUAGCGGUGCCUUCCAGAUCACACCAAAGACUGCCUUUAGCGCCAUUAUGAUUGGCUCCACUGCUCUUCUUUCUGCUUUGUGCAAACUUAUCAAAAGACUGCCUUUUGUCCUGAUUUCAAACAACCACAGGAAGAAAUAA